AUGGAUUUCUACAGUUUGUUGGGAUUCCAAGUAUCGACCCAAUUCCGUGCAGGACCGGCCAAGGCGGCAUGGUUGGAACAGCAACCAGGCAUUACUGGUUGUCGUUUGGAAUUGAUUGAGGUUCCGGAGUAUGUCCUCCAAGAACCGGAAGGAAUGAAACGACGGGCCGUCGAUCUCAUGGCACAGCAACAACUGUUGGGUCACAAUCACAUGGCAUUGGAUGUCACGGCACAAAUACAGCAACAGCAACAAUCAUCCAAUCAUAAUUUGACAACUUGGUUGGAAGCACUCAAUCAGACCAGUUUGCAACGAUGGAAUCGGACGUUGCGGAUAGCAUUGCCACCACAACAACAAAUGAUUGGACAAGGUGUCUACGAACUGGCAUUCUUGUAUGAUGCCGAUGGGGCAUUGGUCGAAUUGUUGCACAAACAAACCCAAUUGGAACAGACUGUAGAUUCGGGAUGGCAACCAUGGGAGGAAGGAACGUCCUCUCUGUUGAACCAAUAG